UGAGUGGACAGCACAGUACAGUACCAGCAGGCAACAGGUGCUUCCUCCUAGGUAAUAUUUAUCAAAACUUUGUUUAGUGGUUCUGUAAAGUGACACAAAGUCGAUGAGGAGGCUGGAUGUUUGUAUCACCGAUGACUGGAAUGAGGGAUUACGACUACUGAGCCGAUUCUGACUGAAUGGUUUAUUUCCAGAUACCUGAUAUGGAUAUAAAAGCCAAAAUGCCAGUUCUCGUCUUUCUUGUUAUCUACAUCAGCUUUGUGACAGGACAGAAAGUUCCUGGGCCUACCAACGUAUUGGUGAAUAUUUUGGAUGGGGAGGUAAUAGUACAUUGGGAUACUCCUGUGGAUGCCCCAUCAAACGUCAGCUACAAUGUGGAAAUGGCAAAGUACUAUGAUGAAUGGGCCACGGUGGCAAGUUGCACAAAGAUCACCAAUAACUUCUGUAACCUUGACAGUUUUAUAAAUGAUUAUAAAGCUGCCUACAAGGUCAGAGUUCAGCUGGAAGCAGAGCGUAAGGUGUCUACUUGGGCAAGCAAGAAAUUUCUCCUGAAUGAAAGCAAACUGCUACCUCCCACCUUCACAUUAUGGGCUACUUCCAGUACUAUAACUGUGUCUGUUCACCCAAAGCCCAUUCUGAAAAAGAUCUUUUCCUUUGGGUUCAUCUACACCAUCUACCUGGAGGAGAGAGGACAAGAUAAUAAGAAUACCACAGCAUACUUGAAAGAUGACAUGGCAGACGAUCAAAAGACUACUUUCACUUCUCUCCACUGGGGUAGAGAGUACUGCGUCAGCAUCAAGAUAGAGGCCACUGGAGCUCUUCCUGUCAGUAAUGUGUCCAAUAGACAGUGUCUGCUGUUACCCGAGCAAGAAUGGUUCGUAAUUGCUGUAUCAUCUCUAUCAGUUGUGGGUGUACUGGCAUUCAUUGCUAUUAUGGCAAUGAUCCUGCUGUGUUACGUGAGAUUUCCAGAGGAAACACCUUCAGCACUGAAAUCCCCUGUUAUGAACUGGCUUCCACUCCAAGUUGAAGAUGGGACUGUGGAGGUGGUUACAGACAAAGGAUGGUUCCUGUCUGUGAACAGAACUAACAUGAAAGGUGUAAUGAAAGACCUACUCACUCAUGUUACAGUAAUAGAGGACAGUGAAGAAGAGGAGAGGAGGACCAGCACGGAUAGUGGGGUCAGUAUGGAGUCUAACUCAAACAAUGAAGGAAAUCCACCAAUGAGACAGGAAGACAGUGGAUGUGGGAGCAUGGGAGGACCCGAGAGCACAACUAGCAGUCAAACAGAUUACCCCCUUGAUAAUGAGAGGGCUGAUUCCAUUCGGAAAAGAGAAGACAGUGGGGUUGGUAUGGGCUGCCAGACAGCUCCUCACAUGCACCUGGAUGGACAGGACAGUGGGCUUCUAAAGAAGCCUGUUGCUGGAGGUAACUAUCGCAGCCAGAGUCCUUCAGAUGUGCAGAUGCAAGUCUCCGACGAUGAGGAUACGUUUAAACAGAUACCUCCGGACUUGGUUUUGGCCGAAGUGGUCACAGGCUACAGAGCGGGGCCUCAGUCGUGUAUCUGUUCAGGAGCUGGUCAGUGCUUUUGGUGUCAUCAGCAAGGCCAUAAUGAAACCAAAGUUGUCAAACAAUAUAGAGCUGUGUCUAUCGAAAAUGGACUACUUGGACCCAAAUCUAAUUCAAUAGACUGUUACAAAGCAGAGGAGCAAACAGGCAGAGACACGAUGGAUGAUUUAGAAUCAAAUGUCAUUCCACUGAGUGAUUUUCCUUUGCUGAACUUUUUGCCCCCUCCACCCUUAGUGAAAUGUGGGCAGGACUUCAAUAUGAACAAUGUCCUGGCCCCUCUUCUCUGUGAUGUAGAGCUGAAAAAUGACUGAUACACUGUGAGACACUUUUUAUAAAAUAUUCCUGACACAUUUGCAGUGCAACGCACUUAAUGAAACAGAAGCGCUAGUGUGAGGUAAAAGCCUCCAGUACCAGAAACUGAAAAAAACCGGGUGGAAAAGCUGGGGAUAAAACAGAGUGAUUAACAAGCAGUUACACAGGAAGGAAACAGAGGUAAAACUACACAGCUGCUAGCUGGUAACUGUUGAUGAGAGUCUUGAGAGUUUAUAAAGACUGAGAAGAUUCUAUGAAACGCCUUUUUUAACCCUGUUUCCCUGGGUAAAUUUAUAACUGACUAAUAUGUUGUAUGCCGGAAGUGAAACUAUGUGGGGAGCCGUGAAGAGAAACCAUUUGACAGUUAUGUGCUCUUGGACAUUUUAUGAUUUCAACAUUUAUUGCACUUAACUAUGUUUAGAGUGUUUUUUUUUUCAACAAUGUCUUGAAUUCAUGCAGUAUUAGGAUACAUAAUCAAUUGUCAAACUUUUUUGCAGUCACAAGUGGUCUGAGCAAACAUUUAUCAUUUUUACUGAUGCGAAGAGCAUAUUUGUUUCUGAUUCUCUUUAAUGUUUUCUCACACAGCAAAUUAUUUUCAUGUUUGUCUAUAUAACACAAACCUUUGCUUUAGUCAUUUCUUUGUCAAAACUAUUUAUUAGUCUAUUUAUUUAAUGUUUUUGCUGUUACA